CCCGCGCGGCGGGUGAGCGAGCGAGGUAGGCGCCGCGCGCGGGGGAGGGGAGGGAGCGGCGGGGCGCGGCUGCGCAGACACCGAGCGCGGCGCGGUACCGCCGGGCAGGCCCGGGCAGGCGGAGGCCGCUCUUACCGUUGCGGGAGAUGCCGCCGCCCUCACCGUGAAGAAUGCGAGACCUAACAGCUCAGGUAACUAGCAGUCUCCUGCAGUUUCCAGAGGUGACUGUUCAGGCACUUGGGGAAGAUGAGAUAAUCCUAGAUUCUGUACUUCGUGGGAAGUUUUCUGGAGGGAGAAAUGGCCUAGCGUGGUUGGCAUGUGGUCCUCAACUUGAGGUAGUGAAUUCCGUGACAGGAGAGCGGCUCUCUGCAUAUCGUUUCAGUGGAGUAAAUGAACAGCCUCCCACUGUUCUUGUGGUAAAGGAGUUUUCCUGGCAGAAGAGAACUGGAUUACUAGUUGGGUUGGAAGAAGCAGAGGGAAGUGUUCUCUGUCUGUAUGACCUUGGAAUAUCAAGAGUGGUUAAAGCAGUUGUUCUUCCAGGAAGGGUAACUGCUAUAGAACCCAUAAUUAAUCAUGGAGGAGCCAGUGUGAGCACGCAACACCUCCACCAGAGUCUGCGAUGGCUUUUUGGUGUGGCAGCAGUGGUUACAGAUGUUGGACAUAUACUUCUGGUUGACCUUUGUUUGGAUGAUUUAUCUUGCAGUCAGAAUGAAAUAGAAGCAUCAGACCUAGAAGUUAUCACUGGAAUUCCUGCUGAAAUUCCACAAAGAAGAGAAGCAGUGACCAGAGAGGGGCGACAUCUCUGUUUUCAAUUACAAAAUCCUUCAGGAACAGCAAUAUCAACCUUAUGCUACAUAAGCAGAAGCAAUCAGCUGGUUGUGGGUUUUUCAGAUGGUUAUCUAUCACUAUGGAAUAUGAAAACUUUGAAGAAGGAGUACCACUUUCAGCUUGAAGGCGGAAGGAUUCCUGUCUAUACUGUUACUUUCCAGGAACCUGAAAAUGAUCCUCGCAAUUGUUGUUACUUGUGGGCUGUUCAGUCUACACAAGAAAGUGAAGGCGAUGUUGUGAGUUUACAUCUGUUGCAGUUAGCAUUUGGUGACAGAAAACGCUUGGCGUCAGGACAAGUGAUGUAUGAGGGUUUGGAAUACUGUGAAGAAAGGUACAGUUUAGAUCUCACGGGUGGAGUCUUUCCUUUGAGAGGACAGACCAGCAAUACUAAAUUACUCAGUUGUCAAACUAUAGAAAAAUUUCGCAACCAUGUUGACAGAGAGGAUAGCGUUAAUGAAGUAAUAUCUCCUGACACCAGUGUAUCAAUAUUCAGCUGGCAAGUGAAUACGUAUGGUCAGGGAAAACCAUCUACUUAUUUGGGCAUCUUUGACAUUAAUCGCUGGUAUCAUGCUCAAAUGCCGGAUUCACUGAGGCCAGGAGAAUUCCUUCAUAAUUGUCCUUAUUUUGCAUUAUGGUCACUGGAUACUGUAGUAAGCAUGACUUCCCCAAACCUCAUUUUGGAUGUUCUGGUACAUGAGCGGAGUUUAAGUCGCGGAGUUCCUCCAUCUUACCCACCGCCUGAGCAGUUUUUUAAUCCAAGCACCUAUAAUUUUGACGGUACUUGCUUGCUGAACUCUGGAGUUGUUCACGUGACUUGCACUGGCUUCCAAAAAGAGACUUUGAAUUUUUUAAAGAAAUCUGGUCCUUCAAUAAAUGAAGCCAUUCAUGAUAGCUACAAUAGAUGUCUUGUAGCUGGCUUGCUGUCUCCAAGGCUAGUUGAUGUCCAGCCAUCUAGUUUGAGUCAGGAGGAACAGCUGGAAGCAAUAUUGUCAGCUGCUGUGCAGACAAGUUCUUUAGAACUUCUGACUGGCUGCAUUAAACAUUGGACAUCUGAAGAGCAGCCAAGUUCUGCUGCUAAUUUGCGUUUUGUUCUUGAGUGGACAUGGAACAAAGUAAUCUAUACAAAAGACGAAUUUGACCAAAUAUGUGUUUCACUAUUUGAUGGCACUUGCAACUUCAUUGACCCACAAACUAUACAGUCUCUUCAGCACUGCCAGUUGCUUCUGAGCAACCUUAGCACAGUCUUGAACUGUUUUCUAACAGAAGCACAAGAGCUUACUGAAAAAGGUUUCACAGAUUUGACAAACAAGCAGGUUGUGACUAGCCUCAUUUCUUUGUAUGCACAAGUGGUCAUCUGGUUCUGUCGGUCCAAUCUCCUUCCAGAGGGUUUAGAUGAUGAUAUGCAGUUGUCUAGACCUUUCUACAAUUAUCCUCUGAUUCAAAGCUACUACACUGGUCAUCGGCAGAAACUUGAGCGUUUAUCAAGAGGGAAAUGGGAUUCUGACUGCUUGAUGAUCGAUGGAAUGGUUUCCCAGUUAGGAGAUCAAGUUGAGAAGCUGUGGCGGAGAGAUGAAGGAGGAACUGGGAAAUAUCCACCUGCUAGUUUACAUGCACUGCUGGAUCUUUAUUUGUUAGAAAAUAUUGAAGAAAGCUACAAACAUGCAAUUACAAUUUAUUUGCUGCUAGAUAUAAUGCAUUCCUUUCCAAAUAAAACAGAAACUUCAAUUGACUCCUUCCCAACUGCCUUUGCUAUCCCUUGGGGUCUUGUUAAACUUAUUCAAGGUUUUUGGCUUCUAGAUCAUAAUGAUUAUGAGAAUUCAUUGGCCCUUCUCUUUCAUCCGGCUACAAUCAAAACCGUGUCAUGGCAACAUCUGAGAAUUGUUCAAUCCCUCAUGUGCCAAGGAGAGCACAGGCGAGCCCUCAGAUAUAUACAGAUGAUGAAGCCAUCAAUGUCAAGUAGUAGCGAAGUUCAGCUUUUCCUCGCUGUGUUAUUGUCCAAUAGGUGCAUGGUAGAGGCUUGGAGUCUGUUGCGACAGCAUACUACUAAGCUAAACAUAGAAGAGCUGUUAAAACACAUGUAUGAAAUCUGUCAGGAAAUGGGACUAAUGGAAGAUUUAUUGAAGCUACCCUUCACAGGCACUGAACAAGAGUGUUUGGAGAAGUUUUUACAGACUAAUGCUGGUGUUCAGAAUCAUGAAUUUCUUUUAGUCCACCAUCUACAGCGUGCCAACUACAUCCCAGCACUACAGUUGAAUCAGUCAAUGAAGGUUAAUCUUAUGAAUGAUCGUGAUCCUCGCUUGAGAGAGAGAUCAGUUGCCAGAAAUUCUAUAUUAGACCAGUAUGGCAAGAUACUUCCUAGAGUUCAAAGGAAGUUGGCUAUAGAGAAGGCCAAGCCUUACCAUUUGCCUUCAUCAGUCUUAAGAGAAGUCUCACGGCCAAAGCCAUUAUCAACAGUGGCAAAGCAAGCUAAUGCAGGAAAUGUACACACAAGAGCAACUUUCAUCAGUAAUGUAUUGUCAAAAAUUGGAGAAGUAUGGGUAGGAAAUGAGCAGAAAAACAGUUUCUCACAAUAUGAUAGCCCUAGAAUUACAGAACCACCAGUCAUAACACUCCCUCUCCCUGAUGCAGAGUUGCCUGAUGCAUUUGUUGGGACACCAGUUACAAGAUUUUCACAAAGAUGUUCCAGAUUGCUGGAUUUGGUGGUUCGUCCUGUUCCUUCAUAUUCUCCAGCGCAGGAUGAUAACCGGCAGUCACCAUGCAGAGCUUCUACUUCAUACAUGACGUCCAGCCCAUUGCAGUCACACAGUUCCAUCUCACAAAAGAAAGUUUCAAGAGCAUCAGAGUUAAAUUUACUAGAGACUCCUCUUGUGGUUAAGAGAGCUAAAGUUUUGGCCACACCUGCCUCUGCUUCUGGUUUUCCUGGAUUUGCUCCUCAAUCCAUUCUCAGAUCCAGCCUUCGCACCACACCACUAGCAACUCCGUCUGCAUCUCCAGGUCGAUCAGUUACUCCUCCUCUACGAGCAAAGGAACCUAGAAUUUCGUUCAGGGAAGAGAGCUCGGGUGCAAAAUGGACUGCUGGGGUAGCAGAAGAUAAUAAAAAGCAAUCUGGAGCUUCAUCUGAACAUCAUCAUGUAAUGGUGGAGGAUGCUUGGUCUAAGAGUGGAGAUAAAACAACUCUGUUUAUUCUGAGCAAUCCUGAGGAUGAUCAUGCUGAAGUCGAAGAGUCUUCAGAAAGCAUAGCUGGAGAUAGUUUGGAGAAGAUGGAAGUCAGCAAAGAAAAUAGUAGCUUCUCUGCCAGGUCAGACCAAACUACUUUAGAGUAUCAUGAUGCAAAAUCACCUGGCGAUUUUGAAGAUGAUAUUAUCUUCAUAGCUUCUAAACCAGCUAAUUCUUCCACUGAAGAAGAUGCUGAUUUUCAAGAAUCAGAGAAGGAAGAAGAUAAUGAAAUGGUUGAAGACAAACCUUUCCAGAUGGAACAAUCUGAUUCAUCAGACCUAAGGAAAGAAGCGGGAUUUUUGGAAGAAUCGGAUACCGAGUGCCCUGUCCUUCCAGAGGAUGGUAAAUUGAUGCUUAAAGCUGCCAAGGCUACUACUUGUCAGACAGCAAGUGAAGGUGAAACGAACCACCAGGAGUCCAAAACAUCGUCCUCUUCGGAAGAAAAAGGCAUACCAGUUGCAACAAAUCCACAGGUCUCUGAAUCCCUGGAGGCAGACAGUGAAUCUGUGAUAAGUAUCCUUGACAGUGAGGAUGUGGUCAGUACUCAUUCAGAAAACCACCUUGAAGGAAAGGGUGUGGAUUUACCUAAAGAACGUAACCUAGAGGAAGCAGAAGUUGAAGAAAAUGUUCCUUUCCUACAAGAAGAAAUACCUGCUUCUAACAACCUUCCUAAAACUGAGGAAAUUAAUGUUAUUGAAGACAGUGCAGUUAAGGCACAAAUCACAGAAGAAGCACCUGAGACAUCUCCAUGUAGUGAACUACAUUCAUCAGGCAAUCUUAAGCUUCAAUAUAGCUAUGCUGCUAUAGAACAACAGUUUGCGUGUGAUUUGCCUGAUAAUAAAGAUGGUGAAUGUGAUGCAGCUGAGGGAGAUGGAGAACUUUUUAUAUCUCAGAGUAAUUUUACACUAGUGUUGGAAGGAGAAGAAGGUGAAGUGGAGAUGGGAGACCCUACAUUAGUAGAUGCUUCUAAACCAGCUAGCACAACAGCAGAGGAAAAACCUAUGAACAGUUUGGGAAAUACUGAAAACCAAGAACAUGUUACAAACUCAGUGUCAACUGUAACUAGUGAUCAGGAAUCUCAAAAUAUUGCAGAGUCACUCCCAUAUGUGCCUGAACCCAUCAAGGUAGCUAUUGCUGAGAACUUACUGGAUGUAAUCAAAGACACAAGAAGUAAAGAAUUUACAUCUGAUGUUGUAGAGCAGUCUAUUCAUGAAAGCUUAGGUAAAAAGGUGACUAGAUUCCAGAAGUCAAAAGCUCUCUUAACGACUGUGCCUGAAGGAAUGGAAGAUGAAUCCAACAUGCAUCAAGUAGAGUAUGUAGUCACUCCUAGAACGCGUGCAAGGGGACAGUUGAAUAGAAGACUAAUUAUUCCAUCAACAGACGAUCAGCAACUAUUAAAACCAGACAAACCAGUUCUGUUAGGACUGUCCACUCGGAGAAGUACCAGGCGAACAAAGGAAACAUCUGAGACUUCUAAUGUUCAAACAGAAGAAAAGGCUCAAGAUGAGCAAACACCUGUGAUCCCUGUUACUCCUAGGAGAGGUAGGAAGCCUAAACAGAGUAAUUCAGGAAAAGUAGAAAGCAGCCAUUCUGAUGGACAAGCAUUGUCCAUCAGUACACAGUCAGUAGCUGUUACUCCAAGAAGAGGAUUAAGGAGAGUGAAGGAACCUGCAUCUGAACUUUUGGAAGAGACUAAUGAGGAAGCUUCUCUUGCUGAAAGUAGCUUUCUUGCUUCUACUACUUCCAAAAGGACUAGAGGAGGAAAAAGUUCAGUAGGAGAUCAAGAAACUGGCCAGAUUGGCACUGACCAUAAGGCAAAAAUGGCAGUCAGUCCCAGUAGAAGUGGAAGAAAAUUAAAAAGCAUUAAUUUACAACUUACUGAAAACACUGUCACAGAUCAAGAGGUGCAGCCUAGUGACCAACGCCUCUUAUCUGUGCCAGCUAAAAGAGGCAGAAGAAGAAAGGUGAGUUCAUCAGAAGUCUCAGAAAAUCCUGAACUUGAUCUGUCUAAAUCAUCACUUCCUCAAACAGAGUUUAAACUUCCUGUCACUCCUAGAAGAAGUGUUAGGAAAGGGGCUCAGAAUCUCUCAGCAGAUACAGAAUCUCUCUUUACUCAGGAAGACAUACGUUCAGGUGGGAAAGUACAAGUCCUUCAUACUCCUAGAAGAUCAACAAGAGUUACGCUUGCUAAACCAGAAAAAACGGAUUCUCUUGAGAGAACACCUGCACAGCCAAAUGAGGAACCAACUACACCCAAGACUGCAAUAAGGACAGGGCGUCGGGGCAGAAAGAGCCGGCUGACAUCAAUAUUGGAGGAGAGCACAGUGGAAGAAGCCUUUUCCCAAGGACCUCAUGGCAGUCCUUUGCUGCUUGCAGACAUAAGUAAAUCAGGACAUGAUGAAACAUCAAGAACUUUAACAGAUCGUAGCACUCGUAUUACAAGAACCAGAUCCCGCAAAACUGGCAUGCAUCAGAAACUGUCUGUAGAGGAAAAUGAAUCCUUCUUUUUCUCUCCUCCUCUUACAAAGCUGACAAAGAAAUUAAAAGCUGAAAAAGUAGACCAUCCCGUGCAACUUAAGGAUUUAGACCCAGACCUGUCUUCUCAAUUUGUCUUUUCACCCCCUCUUUUGAGAUCAAGGGGAAAACAUGUAUCUAGUAUUUCACGAAUUGUGAAAGAACUGGAGCUUCCAACUAAAGAGGAGGAGGAUACCAAAUCCAUAGAGUCUGUGGGAAAGCAAAAGUUGAAGAGAGGUAGAACUGCAAAAGCGAACCUGAAGAAAGCAAGCAAAACCACAAGAAAAGAAGGUUCUUGGUCACCUCCACCAGUGGAGAUUAAGUUCAUUUCUCCUUUUGGAAGUCCGGUGGAUGGAGCAAAAAGCAAACAGAAAGAAACCACAGAUGCAGCAGAUAAGACUCUACAAAAGAACAAAAAAAGACUGUCUAAUUUUCCAAAGCCAGUUGUGCGCCGGAAGAUGCUAUAACUGUUUUUUUUAAGUUUGUAAUGUACACCACUGUUUGUAAAGUCAUCAAAAUUGUGUGGAUUAGUUAAAAAAAAAAAGAAAAAAAUCAUCUAAUUUGGAAGAGAGAAUUUAUAUAAAUUAUUGUAAAAUUUCAUAAACAAAUGGUCUUCAAUAAGUAACUCCAUAAGGAGUGUGAUUUCCUCAGUCAAUGCAGUUUUCUAUUUUAUAUUAAGACUUCAUACAUUUAUAUAAUAUGUAAAUACAGCUUAUUUUAGGAAUGUUAAAUAAAAAUGUAUACUUCACAAUA